AUGCUGGAUGACCAACGGCGAGAGAGCAUCGCAAGUGCAUCGCAAAACUACAGAGACGUCGUUCUGGAGCAGAAUCUCGAAGCUCUUCGAUAUCUGGUAGUAGCCGCUGAAGGUGAAGCUGAAGGCUUGCGCAAAGACGAUCUCCCCGACGAGGAGAUUCGAGAUGCGUGUCUGAGGCUUUUUAGCGAACAAUAUGGUCUUAUCAGCCCAGACGCGGGCGUUGCAACGCCGGCGUCUAGUCUCGACGACAGUGUACUCCCUAACACGAUCAAGAGGUGCUCUCUUGAUGGUAUCGAUCACGGCGCUGUUGAUGUACAGAAGCGAGAGGCAUGGUUUGAUGCAGUGCAUACUGCAAUCGCAAGUCUCCAUGUUCAACCAGAUGAUCAAGAUCCACACAAUGCGGUCGCAGAGCAUUUUCGGCCUCUAUGUCUACCGGCUGACUUCCAAUAUCUGGCGACAUUAGUUCGCGGAGUAUGCGGUCCCGGUCUACCACACUAUCGAGAAACAAGUCAGUUCUCUUUCAUCGUGGAUCCGGAAGAAGCGAUCAACGACCUCGAAUUCUACGGAACCAGGAAUAGAGUCGUCGUGCCCGCACGCGGUCGAGAUGUCUUAGCAGAGGCGUUCCAUGCACUUGACAUGGUUUGGGAGGACUGGCAGAUUGCAGUUGGCGUUAAGCCGGGCGAUGGACCACGAGGGUGGGAUGGACCUUGGAUUUUGUAUUGUCGUCGAAUAGGCGACGAAGGGAGUCUUUGGGGGUGGAGGUAUGGGAUACGCGAGGAGAUUGAUUACGAAAGUGAGCUGUUUGAUACUAUAGAGGAUUUCUUGGGGUUCUAUGCAUGUUACAAUGAGCAGAAAGGGGAUAGGCUUGAGGCGAUCCCAUUGGAGCAGGUUAUGUGA